UCUCUCUCUCUCUCUCUCUCUGUUAAUGCAAUAUGUUGAGGGAAUAAUGCGGUCAGGGGACCAACGGGGACAGAGAGACAGAGAGAGAGAGAGAUCUCAUCCAGCUGCUCCAGACCAGACCAUCGUCUUCAUCGCAGAUCCGCUCUCUCCUUCUGCGGUCGGAGAUACACAGUCCAGCAGCUUGAAGAGUUUAUCCGCGGUUUAAUGAGGCUCCGUGGCUCCGCGGAGAGCCGGAAGGAAACGGGAGAGGAGGGGCAGGAGGCGCGGGGAGGCCGCGGAGGGGCUCCGGAGAUGCCGAGGGGGGCAGAGACGGAGAAACCGAGAGAGAGAGAGAUGGCGGCGGGAGGAAUCACCACGCUCCCGGCCUCACCGGACGACGGGGCGAGCGGAGGCUUUCCUUCGGGGAGCUUCAAGGAGCCCAAGCGGCUGUACUGCAAAAACGGCGGAUACUUCCUGCGGAUCAACUCUGACGGCCGGGUGGACGGGAUCCGCGAGAAGAGCGACCCGCACAUUCGGCUGCAGCUCCAGGCCACGGCUGUCGGUGAGGUGGUGAUCAAAGGAAUCUGCGCAAACCGUUACCUCGCCAUGAACUCGGACGGACGACUGAUCGGAACGAGGAGAACAACAGAUGAAUGUUAUUUUCUGGAGCGCCUGGAGUCGAAUAACUACAACACGUACCGAUCCCGGAAGUAUCCCGACUGGUACGUGGCUCUGAAGAGAACAGGCCAGUAUAAAGCGGGUUCGAAGACCAGCCCGGGCCAGAAGGCCAUUCUGUUUCUGCCCAUGUCAGCCAAGUGCUGAUGGAGAGAUGCGGUCAAACACAGAGCGAGACGACAGACCCCUGACGCAGACGCGCUUCUAACCGACGAUUAGCUCAUCCGGAUAAGUGAUGGAGGGAAAAAACACUUCCCUUCAGCAUUUCUAUCUAGGAACGCUUCCCAAACAGAUGUUCUUGGAGAGCAUUACAGGUUUAUUUGUUCGUGUUCGGUCACCCUGGAAAUAUCAGCAAUAUCCGCAGAAGAGAGACUCGGCGCUUUCGUCAAUUCUGGCCCCAAAUCCCACCGAUAUGAUCUCAGAUCCAACUUUCCGAAAUACUCUCUUAUUCCACUCGAUUCCCUCGGGUUGGUUCGGAGAGUUCACUGAUCUGCACUAUACGCUCGUGAAUUCGUGACUGCAUUUCUCGCAGGAGUGUUUUUAGUACGGCUACAAAAUGUGAGUUUACUUUAAUGCUGCUCCUUUAUGCAAAAGGCUCGCAAGUAUUUCUAUACUGUAUUUUAGAGAAAGAAAGGGUUUUGCAAACACAAAGUUUCACUUUGAUGAAGUACAUCAUGAAUGUCAAAAACUUUAUUCUCUUUUUUAUGUAUAUAUAUAUAUAUAUAUAUAUAUCAUCUUGGCUAAAAACAUAGUUUCUAUUUAGUUACAUUGUUGCUGUGAGUAACAGUAAGAUUAACAGUAACAGUUUAUCUUUUUGUUGAGGUAACUGAGAAAUCAGAUGAUUAAAAACUUGAUUAAAAACUCUAAAACCUCCAGGCAGAUUAGGCGAGGUAACGUAUUAUAGAGUUCAGAAACUAAAACUGGUCCAUCUGCAGCACGCUCUUGAAAAUAAAGGCUCUUCAGAGGAACAAAGAAACUUGAUCAAGAACCGUUUUGCCAUUUAAUCAGCUUUUAAAAACACUCCAUUCGUUAUAGCACUAAGAG